UUACAGGAGGAAGACGAUGCAACUCUUCGCUUCAGAAUGGAACCUAAUCCCCACAAAGGAGGUUUUACUGGCCAACCAGGAGUGAAGGUCACAGUCAGUGGUGUGUCUCCAGGUGCUUUGGGUCAACGUGUGAACUAUCCAGGUCCGGUUUGUGCCGUGAAAGGGUCAAAGGUCACCCUCCCUUGCACCUUCUCAACACUGAAGUCUGUGAAGGGUGUUUUGAUAGAGAUCCGGAGAGUCGUCUGGUGCCAGAACCAUGAAAUUUGUCAACUUACAACUCCGUCUGUGUACGACAGCGCUAAACAGAAGAACAACCCUCGCUACAGAUACUUGGGAGACAAGGAGGGAAACUGCUCUCUACAGAUCUCAGGUUUACAGGAGGAAGACGAUGCAACUCUUCGCUUCAGAAUGGAACCUAAUCCCCACAAAGGAGGUUUUACUGGCCAACCAGGAGUGAAGGUCACAGUCAGUGAUGGGGAUCCAAUGCAGAUCAAGAACUCCAGUGAAUCAGACGGUGCCGUCUCUCUGCUCUGCUCUGCACGCUGCACUUUCCACCAGCUGGAGGUCACCUGGUCCAGAGACGGCCACGCCCUCCCUCAGUCUGGCCCCGCCCUCAGGCUCAGCGCUCUGACUGCAAAGGAUUCUGGGAACUACACCUGUGCUUUGAAGAACGACCCCCGAACAGAGUCUCUGCCGUUCGCACUGCAUGUGGAGGCUGCAGACGGAGUUGUUAGUACAGAUGGAGGACGUCUCCUGCUUCUCAUCGUCCCGGUGGUUUGUGGAGUCCUGCUGGCCGUCUUCCUCCUGCUGUUCUUCAUCAUCAGGAGGAGGCGUGCAGCAGCAGGAGCAGUUGAGGAGGAACAACAGCCCAAGGGUGUGUCCCGUCAGCGUCCGGACCAUGCCGACUUCCUGCCUCCAGCUGAGGAGGAAGUGAGCUACGCUGCGGUCCAGUUCCAGAGCCGUGACGUCCGGCCUCCUGUGGUCCAGUUCAGACCGAAGAACCAGAGCCGAGCGGAGGAGGAGGACGCCACCAUCUACAGCUCAGUGGCAGGCAAACGCUGAAUCCACUGAGUCCAUUAUAUGUGAAUAAACAGCAUAAUAUGUGAAUAGACAUCAUUAUAUAUGAAUAACUGUUUUAAAAAUAUUGUUCUAUGCAAACAACGAAGAGCUCUCUGAUUGGACGAUUCCUACAGCAAUGCUCUCUGGGACUUGUAGUUUAUUACAUGCAUAGUUCAUACAUUCACACAGUAAUAGAGUGGCGAAGUCAUAUACUUCGCCACUCUAUAAUCACAGGGAGGCUGUGGCUCAGUGGAUUUGCUUGACUUCGAAUCAGGGUUAGGGUGUCGUUGUGUCCCUGAGACACUUCACCCCAAACUGCUCCUGUGGAUUGUCCACAGUACUGAGUAUGUAAGUCGCUUUGGAUAACAAGUGAUGUAAUGUAAUUUUACAGAAUUGUGUAAAAAGAAAGUUUAAAGUUAUUAUUCUGUCUUUUGUUUUUAGGUAUUAUGAAUGUAUUGACCUGCUUUUGCAUUUGUCUACCUCUCAGUGUUUACUUCUACAUGUAAUAUGCUUUUAAUGUGUUUUAAUGUGUGUGUUGUUUUAUGUAAAUAAAGAUUUGUAACAUUUUAAAUAA